UACUGGGUAGAUUAAGUAUAUGUAUUCCAGAUCUGCAGGUUUCUGGCUAUCUUUCAGUAUGAAUUAAUUCAUGGAAGCUAAAAUUCUGAAUGAUUUCUCCUUGUGUAUUGCAUUCUGUGAGAGAAGUAAGGAUGUGUUUGGGUAUUGGGAAUACAUUCCCAGCUUAUGGACAAAUUUUUCAACAGAUGGGUCCAAUAUGCUACUACAGUAAAUGACUAAAUACAUUAUGUUAACUGACUGUAAGUAACUCUGUUUUCAAAUGAAAUAUAAUGGAAGUAGCCUUGAAAAAAAUAACAGAAUAUGUUGUCAACCUGUGGUUACUAAAUGGUUCCUUUGGACUCCUGUGCUGUGUGCAUGGCUCAGAAAACUGUUCCAGCCCAAAACACUUUGUGGCAAGCUGUCCAGAAUAGAGAAGAGUUCGUGAAAUUUGCAUUUAAACUAAUGCCUCUGUUUCCCCAUGUGUUUUGUUUUAUUUUGUUUCCCUUAAAACAGAAAGGACCAGCUAUGCUGUGGAUAAGAGAUAAUUAAUAAUCAAUUUUAAUAAAUUUCUCUAAAAACACCCUGCACAGUUACAUAGAAAUGUACUUCAUUUCUCAGCGCACAAAGAAAUGAGAUUUGAUUCAAAUAUCUCCAGAAAGUGGAGCACAAUUUUGGUAGCAAUGAAGGCAGGAGAAGGACUUUAAAAGGUGAACAUGUAGUUUAUUAGUUAAUAGCUGUCACAAUUGGUUGCAAGAUGCGGUAUUUAUGCCUUUGAAACAUGGUUUUAGUCUGCUUGCCAGUAAGCAAUUCAGACAGUGAACAUUCUUGUGACUGCAGACUGUCUCUAUAUAAGUAAGCUUCUUACGAGUUCAAGACUCUGUGAAGAUGCACACAGACAGCUCUCAGAGUCAAACCACCAGACAGAUCUCCCCAUUUGAGGAAGACAAAUAUCACUUGCUGUGUCAUAGCACAUGGAUUUCAGGACCGCCUGCGAAGAGACAAAGACAGGGAUUUGUUUGCUGCAGGAUGGUAACCAGGAGCCUUUCAAAGUGCGACUGCACUUAGCCAAAGAUAUAUUGAUGAUCCAGGAGCAGGAUGUGAUCUGUGUGUCUGGUGAGCCUUUCUAUUCUGGUGAAAGGACAGUCACAAUUAGAAGACAAACUGUAGGAGGAUUUGGAUUAAGUAUAAAGGGUGGAGCAGAACAUAAUAUUCCAGUGGUCAUUUCUAAGAUUUCCAAAGAACAACGAGCUGAACUUUCAGGUUUGCUCUUUAUAGGAGAUGCAAUUCUGCAGAUUAAUGGAAUUAAUGUGAGAAAAUGCAGGCAUGAAGAAGUGGUUCAGGUCCUUCGCAAUGCGGGGGAAGAAGUGACCCUUACUGUGUCCUUUUUGAAAAGAGCACCUGCUUUUCUCAAACUGCCAUUGAAUGAAGAUUGUGCAUGUGCCCCCAGUGACCAGAGCAGUGGCACUUCCUCUCCCCUGUGUGACAGUGGUUUGCAUCUCAACUACCAUCCCAACAACACGGAUACAUUAUCAUGUUCCUCAUGGCCAACAUCCCCAGGACUUAGAUGGGAAAAAAGGUGGUGUGAUCUCCGAUUAAUUCCACUUCUUCAUUCACGAUUUUCCCAGUACCUUCCAGGAUCAGAUUUGUGCAGGCAAAAUGCGUUCCAAGUAAUUGCUGUGGAUGGGGUUUGCAGUGGAAUAAUUCAGUGUCUCUCUGCUGAAGACUGUAUUGACUGGCUACAAGCAAUAGCAAGUAACAUUUCCAACCUCACAAAGCACAAUAUUAAAAAAAUCAACAGGAAUUUCCCCGUAAACCAGCAGAUAGUCUACAUGGGCUGGACGGAAGAACGGGAACAAGACUCCCUUCAGGAUCGAAUGUAUACACCAAAGUUUCUAGCACUGAGGGGAUCUUCUCUGUAUAAAUUUAUGGCACCUCCAGUCACAACCUGGGAUUGGACACGAGCUGAGAAAACAUUUUCAGUCUAUGAGAUAAUGUGCAAAAUUUUCAAGGACAGUGAUCUACUGGACCGGCGGAAACAUUGUUUUGGUGUCCAAUCUGAAUCUGGAGAAGAUCUUUACUUUUCCGUGGAAUUAGAGUCUGACCUAGCACUAUGGGAAAAAGCAUUCCAGACAGCAACUUUUUUAGAAGUUGAACGGAUACAGUGCAAGACAUAUGCCUGCGUUUUGGAGAGCCAUCUCAUGGGGCUUACCAUUGACUUUAGCACAGGCUUUGUCUGUUUCGACGCUGCAACAAAGGCUGUACUUUGGAGGUACAAAUUUUCCCAGCUCAAAGGUUCUUCAGAUGAUGGGAAGAGCAAAAUCAAAUUCCUUUUCCAAAACCCAGAUAAUAAACAAAUUGAAGCAAAGGAGCUGGAGUUUUCCAACCUGUUUGCAGUCCUUCAUUGUAUCCAUUCGUUCUUUGCAGCCAAAGUGGCUUGUUUGGACCCCUUGUACGUAGGCAGUCAAGCAACAGCUUCUGCUGCUCCCACAACUUCUGGUACUGGCAAAUUAAAGUAUACAACUUGAUAUCUCACAUUACAGCACUGCCAUUUAUCAAAAAGACUUAAUGUAUAGAUAUUCAUAAGAUGUGAAACUGGUGAACCUGUACAUGGAAACCAAUUCUGGAGACAAGACAUCUUGCAGCGUCAGCAGAUAGAUGGUCACGUGGGAUCAUAAACUCAUUUCUGUUCUGCAAGACACCAGUAAAUAAUCCUCGCAGAAUCCCCAGAAUAGGAUGGAUAUGCUUUUAGUAUGAUCUAUUUGUACUUAUUUAGUGCUUUAACCAACACUGGAAGCAAAGGAAUAAAUGAUGCAAUGAGGCAUUUCGGUAUUUAAUAAAAUUUUCAAAUUGCUGUAAUAACACACAAAAAGAAUUGUCAUUUUCCUGUUUUCAAAUGUUUUUAUGACAAUAUGCUAAACUCUGAGUAUGAAACUAGUACCCAAUGAUUAUAUUAUAAAUGACAUAAGAGAAAGCGACAAGCAUUUAGUACCUAAUGAUGAGGAGAUGAGCAUGAAAAGACAUUUGUGUAAGUAUUUCUUCAAAUAAGAAAGCACUUUAAGCACCGUUGUAAUCCAUAAUUAUUUCCAUACAUGGAGUCAUGGUACUUUUUCUAUUUUGUUCUUUUAGCAUUAGCAACAAAUAUAUAGCCAUAUUGACUGACAUAGUUCAAAACAAAAACCCUACAACCCCAUUUCCAUGAGUAAGUUCCUCUUCUUCAAUUAAAAAUAUUAUAAUAUUACUUCAAACGUAAUGACAAGUGAAAGUUUGUAAAAUAUCAUUUCUACUAUUUACUUCCUCAAUUUUUUGGAGAACUAAGAAUCUGAUUUUUGCUCACAUGAUACAGAUGUAUUUGCUUCAGAAACAAACCACAUAAUGCAUUGUUUCCAUUAUUAACCUUGAUUUCACAUCAUAAGGUCUCAAGAAAAUAGACAUUAAUAUUAUUUUUGAAAAAUGAGUCAAACCAUUGAAUUGGUAGUGAUUUCUUUUUUUAUAUUAUUAGUAAAAGGCAGGAAUAAAAUAAAUAGCCUUUAAUGAUGGAAGCAAUGACAGAACGCAUACUGUCUUUGUUUAUUAAAAAAAUACUACAUCACCCAUGACCAUAUAACAGAAAUAGUAGUUCCAGGAUCUCAUUUAAUGAUCAAAUCUGAAAGAAUUUUACAUUUAUAACUAAUAACUUAUAAAAAUAAUUUAAUGUUGUGCUACUACGUAUCAAUGAAAAUGGCAAAAUGGUGGAGUUAUAGCUGAAAGAUCAAAAAAAGGUUUGUUUGUUUGUUUGUUUGUU